AGUGCAUUGUUCGUGUUUUGACCUCGAUGACGUUUCAUUACGCGCACGCUGUACUUCUUCCGGGUUAGUUCCGGCAUGGUUUUCAGAUUUGUAAACUCGAACAUAACAUGUGUUACCAAAAACUGUAAGAUAAGAUGAGUUCUCAGAAAGGUAAUGUAUCUCGGUCGCGGGGUCAGAAGCAUCAAAACACCUUUGCCUUCAGAAACGACAAGUACGGAACGACAGUACAAGUGAAGAAGGCAAAAUCAAAGACCCAUGAUGGUCUCUGUCAACACUGUAAGGGUGUCCUUGAGUGGAAAGUGAAGUACAACAAAUACAAGACACUGACACAGCCCAAAAAAUGUGUAAAGUGUUCUCAAAAGACAGUGAGGGAUGCAUAUCACAUCGUUUGUAAGCCCUGUUCUCUUCAGCUAGAGAUCUGCUGCAAGUGUGGGAAGAAAGAGGACAUUGUUAUUCCAAUAAACUCAGAAGGGGACAACAAAGAGGAGGAGGAGGAGGAGGAAGAAAAAGAAGAUGGUGCCCAGAAAAAGAAAGGACGUGGACGACGGAAGAAGGACUUGGAUGACUCGGACAGUGAUGAUGAUUUCCAUGAUGACUUAAGUGACCUUGAAGACGACGAUGAUGGUGAGGGAGAUGAUCUUGAUAAUAACUCAGAUGCUAAGAAGACACAGAACAAGUCUGAUGUCCUCCCAGAUGUGUCCAGAGUCAACGUUAAAGACUAAAGACAGUGAGAGGGUGCUUGUUGUACUAAGUGUACUUCUUUUCUUUUCUCUCUCUCUCUCUCUCUCUCUCGCUCUCUCCUUUUUUUAACAUAUAUACAAAAUAAGGUUUGUAUAUAGAAGAGUUAACAAAAUGGCCUAUACGAUGUACUUUAAAUUCCCAAAGCCAUUUACAAACCAUGCCAGCUGAUCACUUGAAUGAACUGUAAUAAAAAAAGAAACUGCACAUCAUGUACAUUCAUUUUUAAUUAUAUGUGUCUAAUCUACCAAUUCUUCUCACAAUAACUGAGGUAAUAGUGGCCUUGAAGUAUGACGAAAAGCAGAAGUAGAGGCUCCGCUAGUAAAGACUCUGAACUAUUGACUCUGUCAUGCACACUCAUAUUCUAUAUUUACACUCAGUCGGUGGGUUAUUAGGUCCACCCUAAUGGAGUCUCAUUAAACAAUAAUCCUGCAAUAAAUCCUACAUUCAUGAA